AGCUUGAAACACUGUCCAUGGCAGGUGAUGAGUCAGCUAGGCUGUACCCAUCAUAAAAUAAGCACACUACAACAGCCCUGUCACCUACGGUAACACCCUGGUAUCAGCUACUCUUGAAUUUACGUCUUAUGCUUUCUUCAUUAUAUAAGAGAUUUCUACCAGCCGAUAUUUUACGGGAUUUUAUACGCGCUUUUUGACUUUUUUUUGAUAUAGUGGAAAUGUGUAUCGUCGCUAGGUGAUAGGAUUUAUCAUCAAUUCUUAUGACCAGGAUAUCGUGGCUUCUUAAAGCAAUACUGUAGCUUCUGAUCUAAAAAAAUGGAGCAAUAUUUGAUAUUAUUUUUACUUGUUUGCGUUUUAAAUUUACGACACCACGUAGAGGCUGUCAAUGAGUGCUUUAGCAAUCCCUGUGUAAACGGGGCAACGUGUGUAGAUGGUGAAUAUGGUUCGUACACAUGUCAAUGUGCAACGUACUGGAUGGGUACAAAUUGUGAAAUACAAAUAGCUGGUUAUACUUGUGGCACUAAUCACUACAGUUUGACGGGAACCGUAAGCAGCCCAAAUUACCCGAACAAUUACAACAACAGAGAUCGUUGUCUGUACCUAAUACGGAUACAUGGAGGCAAUACCAUUGAAUUGACCUUCACUAGCUUUGAUACAGAAAUGUUAAAAGAUGUUUUACUGAUUGGCACCGGUCCUACAUCAGGGAUAUCACAAGUUAAUAUGCUGAUGGGUAACCUCACAGUGCUUACUUAUACAUAUAAUGCCAAUCAACUUUGGUUGCAAUUUAGUACAGACCGCACAAUUCACAGACCGGGCUGGAGCUUUACUUAUAGUGCAGAUGGUGAUGACUGUUUUAAUUCUCCCUGUGAGAACGGCGCCACCUGUGUGGAUGGACUCCGUCAGUACACCUGCAUUUGUGCUCCUGGGUACAGUGGUACCAACUGUGAAAAUAAUGAUAAUGAAUGCUUAAGCAACCCUUGUUUGAAUGCUGGUGUGUGUAUAGAUGACGUAAACUUGUUUAUCUGCCAAUGUGUACCAGGUUAUACCGGAACUCUCUGCCAAACAAAUAUUGACGAGUGUAGCAGCGGUCCUUGCUUAAAUGGUGGUACGUGUCUUGACCAGGACAACAUGUUUGUUUGUGUGUGUCCAGCUGGUUAUAUUGGUACUUUUUGUGGUGAAGAUGUGAAUGAGUGUUCCAGCGUACCUUGUCUAAAUGGUGGAGUCUGCAACAAUUUAAUCAAUUCAUACACCUGCACAUGUGCCAUAGGUUAUGCUGGUGUCGAUUGUGAAGUUGAUCAGGAUGAGUGUGCUAGCAAUCCAUGUUUGAAUGGCGCCCUCUGUACAGACCUUGCUAACAGCUACUUUUGCACCUGUGAUGCUGGCUGGACUGGAACUCACUGUGAACUUAAUAUCAAUGAAUGCUCAAGCACCCCAUGCCUGAAUAAUGCUAACUGUAAUGAUGGUGUUAACCGGUUUGAUUGUAUUUGUCAGCCUGGCUACUCUGGCGUCACAUGUGGAUCAAAUGUGAAUGAAUGCUCAAGUAACCCAUGUCAGUUUGGUUCCUGUAUUGAUGGCGUCAACGGCUACUUCUGCCAGUGCUUUUCCGGAUACAUUGGAACACAUUGCGAAAAUGAUAUCAAUGAGUGUAACUCCAACCCAUGUAAGAAUGGAGCGACAUGUGCUGACCAUCCCAAUAGCUAUACUUGCCGGUGUACCUCAGGUUGGCAGGGUAUCAACUGUGAUGUUGAGGUACUUGAAUGUGCAAGUUCACCAUGUCGCAAUGGUGGUACCUGUGUUGAUGCGGUCAAUGGAUAUUUUUGUCAAUGCACCAGUGGCUGGUUAGGGGUCAACUGUGAAACAAAUCAAAAUGAGUGUCUAUCAAAUCCCUGCCAGAAUGGCGCCACCUGUACUGACCGUGUGAAUGGAUACACCUGUUCCUGCCAACCGGGUUGGGUUGGUACUACUUGUAGUGAAGAUUAUGAUGAUUGUAGUGGAACUGUAUGCUUCAAUGGAGGAACUUGUCGGAAUCUCCAGAAUCGAUACGAAUGUGAUUGCGUUGCUGGUUAUACUGGGGACAACUGCGAGAGUGAUGUUGAUGAGUGUCAAUCAUUUCCUUGUCAAAACAAUGGCCAUUGUACCAAUCUCAUCAAUCAAUUCUCUUGUCAAUGUAUCAACGGAUGGACAGGGGAAACCUGCACAGUCGAUGUGAAUGAGUGUUUCAAUGCACCAUGUCGGAAUGGUGGGAAUUGCAUCAACCUCCAGAAUCGCUUUGAAUGUCAGUGUGCAUCUGGUUGGAAGGGAGACACAUGUGAUGGGGAUGUGAACGAAUGCGAAAGUUUCCCGUGUAGAAAUGGAGGGGUGUGUUUAAAUCUCAACGAUGCAUUCAUGUGUGUAUGCCCUGUGGGGUUCACUGGUCUCAUGUGUGACACGGACGUGAAUGAGUGCAUAAGUUCUCUGUGCCUGAAUGGAGGAACCUGCAAUAACUUGAACAACGCUUACAGCUGUAACUGUAACCCUGGAUGGAUUGGAGAAAAUUGUGGAAUUAAUCUUAAUGAAUGUAGUAGUAGCCCUUGUUUCAACUCUGGGACUUGCAUCGACCAGAUUAAUAGUUACGAUUGUACAUGCUCUGCCGGAUGGAUUGGAACGAACUGUGAAACAGACUUUAAUGAGUGUUCUAGCAACCCCUGUCAGAAUGGAGGGCGCUGUAACAACCAGCAGAAUAUGUUCACCUGUACAUGUGCUGAUGGAUUUUCAGGCAUUUUUUGUCAAGCAAAUGAUGAUGAAUGUGCAUCAAAUCCAUGUUUAAACAUGGGGACAUGUCGCGACAGCACCAAUGCAUACCAGUGUGAUUGCCCUAGUGGUUGGACUGGAAGCCAUUGCGAACUAGAUGUAAACGAGUGCUCAAGCUUUCCAUGCCGGAAUGAUGGUAUCUGUAUAGAUGGAGUCAAUGGAUACAUUUGUUCCUGCACCCCUGGAUGGACUGGCACAUUCUGUGAUGUUGAUAUUAACGAGUGCCAGAGCUCUCCAUGUCAGAAUGGUGCCAACUGCGUCAAUGGACGCAACAACUACCGUUGUACUUGUGUUGCUGGUUAUGUUGGGAUAAACUGUGAAACAGAUCGUGAUGAAUGUGCGAGCAAUCCGUGCUAUAAUGGUGGAACCUGUGUUGACGCUGUCAAUAGCUACAACUGCAUGUGUACAGGUGGUUGGACUGGAGCCAAUUGCGGUCAAGAUGUAAAUGAAUGUACCAGUUUGCCAUGUCUGAAUAGCGGAACUUGCCUCAACCAACAGAAUGGUUACUCAUGUUCAUGUCGUGAUGGCUAUGCUGGUAAAAAUUGCCAAACAAACAUUAUUGAGUGUGCAUCAGACCCUUGUCUUAAUGGUGGAACCUGCUUUGAUGGUAUUAACAUGUACCAGUGUUUCUGUGUAGAUGGUUGGACAGGUAGCAACUGCGAAAUUGCCAACUAUGAAUGUGCAAGCUCACCAUGUAUGAGUGGAUCUACCUGCAUUGACCAAACCAAUGGAUACAUCUGCAACUGCGCACCUGGAUGGACUGGUCUUCUUUGUGAUAUUGACAUCAAUGAAUGUUCAAGUAGUCCAUGUUUGAAUGGUGCCACCUGUACAGAAGGUAUAAACAUUUUCUUCUGUACAUGUGCUUCUGGGUGGACAGGCACACUCUGUAACACAGAUGCUAUUGAGUGUGCAAGUCAGCCAUGUAAGAAUGACGCUACCUGCUUUGAAGGUGUAAAUAGUUACACAUGUGUCUGUAAACCUGGCUACUCUGGAAUCCACUGUGAAUGGGAUGUUAAUGAAUGUUCAAGCACACCUUGUUUGAAUGGUGCCACUUGUCUCAACCUCAUCAACUCCUAUCAGUGUCAGUGUGCACCUGGGUGGACUGGUCCAGCCUGUGAAAUAGAAUUGAAUGAAUGUUCAAGUAAUCCAUGCCAAAAUCGUGCUGUGUGCAUUGACUUACUGAGCCUGUACCAGUGCACUUGUCUACCAGGAUGGAUGGGAACUCAGUGUCAAACAGAUUUCGACGAGUGUUCCAGCAACCCAUGUGUCAAUGGAGGCACUUGCAAUAAUGCGCAAAACUUCUACACUUGUGAUUGUGUACCAGGCUGGAUAGGCUUCAAUUGUGAAACAGAUGCUGACGAGUGUUCUAGCUCACCUUGCCAAUAUGGAGCAGCGUGUUCCAAUCAGCAGAACCGUUAUGAUUGUUUGUGUGAAGCUGGAUACACCGGCAUUAACUGUGAAAUAGACAUAAAUGAGUGCUCAGCACAACCUUGCUUAAAUGGUGGAACAUGUACAAAUAACCUAAACUUCUACACUUGUAACUGUUUACUCGGUUGGACAGGUACAAACUGUGAAAUUGCCAUCAAUGAGUGCGACAGCAUACCGUGUAUGAAUGGUGGUAUUUGCGUUGAUGCUGUCAACGGAUUUGGCUGUAUCUGCCCCUCGGGGUGGGAAGGAGACCUGUGUAAUUUAGUAAUUGGAUGCCGUUUGAAUUUCACCAUACCUGUCAAUGGAAAGUUUGAAGUUCACUCUCCAAAUUAUCCGUCACAUUAUAAUAAUGGAGCAAACUGUCGUUGGUUCGUCAACUCUUCCCCCGGACGCACCAUUAAAGUUGUAUUUAUGGACUUCAUCACAGAGAAUCAUUACGAUGUUCUUAAGAUUGGCGAAGGAAUGAACACCAUGGAUGUAGGUUCAAUCCGUUUAACUGCUGAUGGUCCGACUAAACCAGAAAAUCUAUUACUACUGUCCAAUCAAAUGUGGAUGACAUUUAUUACAGAUGGUGAGAAAACAGAGAGAGGCUUCUCAAUCGAACUCAGAAAUGAAGGCUAUACUGAAGUGGAUGCAUGUGUGAGCAACCCGUGUUUCAAUGGUGGCACUUGUCAAGAUCAAGGAUCUCAAAGUUACACCUGUGACUGCAUCGCCCUCUGGCAGGGAACCAAUUGUGAAACACCAACAGAUGCGAAUAAAUGUGCAAGCGACCCGUGUAUAAAUGGCGCUGAGUGUUUGAAUGCCGGAGGUGGUUACCAGUGCACUUGUCUCGCCGGAUGGACAGGAACUAACUGCGAAUCUGAUUUAAAUGAGUGUUUAAGUUCACCUUGUGUAAGUGGUGGUGAAUGCAUUAACCUAUUCCAGCAUUACAUGUGCAAGUGUCCAGAACACUAUAGUGGUACAAAUUGUGAAACAGGUCCGGAAGUGGAGAGCUGUAAGUGCAAUGUUUGCCAGAAUAGGGGCACAUGCACUUACUACCUACAUGAGUAUUCUUGCACUUGCCCUCCAGGUUAUUCAGGACCCUACUGUGAAAUUGCCAUCAAUGAGUGCGAAAGUAUGCCGUGUAUGAAUGGUGGUAUUUGCGUUGAUGCUGUCAACGCAUUCAGCUGUAUCUGCCCCUCUGGGUGGGAAGGAGACCUGUGUAAUUUAGUGAUUGGAUGCCAUUUGAAUUUCACGAUACCUGUCAAUGGAACGGUUGAAAUUCACUCUCCAAAUUAUCCGUCAAAUUACAAUAAUCAAGCAAACUGUAGUUGGUUCGUCAACUCUGCCCCAGGACGCACCAUUGAAGUUGUAUUUAUGGAUUUCAUCACAGAGGAUUAUUACGAUGUUCUCAAGAUUGGUGAAGGAAUGAACACCAUGGAUGUAGGUUCAAUCCGUUUAACUGCUGAUGGUCCAACUAAAGCAGAAAAUCUAUUACUACUGUCCAAUCAAAUGUGGAUGACAUUUAUUACAGAUGAUGAGAUAACAGAGAGAGGCUUCUCAAUCGAACUCAGAAAUGAGGGCUAUACUGAAGUGGAUGCAUGUGUGAGCAACCCGUGUAUCAAUGGCGGCACUUGUCAAGAUCAAGGAUCUCAAAGUUACACCUGUGACUGCACCGCCCUCUGGCGGGGAACAAAUUGUGAAACACCAACAGAAGUGGAUGCAUGUGUGAGCAACCCGUGUAUCAAUGGCGGCACUUGUAAAGAUCAAGGAUCUCAAAGUUACACCUGUGACUGCACCGCCCUCUGGCAGGGAACCAAUUGUGAAACACUAACAGAUCGUUCCAGUUUAACAUAUGGAAUCUUCUUCCUUGGUAUCUUUGUUGGAAUUUUUGUAUUAUUUGCUGGAUUAAUUGGCUACAUGAAGAUUAAACAGAAAACAAUCGUAGACAAGAAAAGUAAGGACAGAAGAAAAGAUGUUUAUAUGACAUAUAUGACAGACACUGGCAAUGACAAUCCAGUAUAUCAAGAUCUCCAACAUAUUAGGCCUAGGGAAACAGAUCCAAAUCCAGUAUAUCAUGAUAUUAGGGAAACAGUUGACGAUUACAUUACGCCUAUACGUCAAGACACAAAUGAAACAGAAACAGGUUACUGUACGUCUAUCGUCUAAUGUCAUGACAGGAAAAUAAAAGAAAUUAUUUUAUCUUUAUUUAAUCUCAAACUUUACACCACAUCAGUAUAGGAUAUGUAGCUUUGCGCUAAAAUAGUUUGAUAGCUUUCAUCACGAUAGGUUUCAGAGAGUCCAAUUUAGGGGCUCUUUUUCAUCCUGGGUACCUGUCUUGUCUGGAGUCCCCCAUGGAUCAGUGCUUGGACCAACUUGCCGUGCAUG